GUGCUGGCUUAUAUUAAAGCACAGUGAGCAAUAACACGGGAUGGGAAGAUAUAAAUCCCGUGAUGACAGGUCACAGACAGACCGUGUGGUUCUGUUGCACAGAGCUGCUGAAAGAGGAAUAAUGACUAAGAAUUGUUCUUCUGUGAAGCUUCUGUAAGAGCUCCUGUCACUAAAAGUUUGGUUGAAAUGUUUUUACAGUUGGUCUUGGUUUAGAACCCGCUGUAGUGAGUUCUUGUUUCACGCGCAGUGGGAAGUGAACGCGGAUUUGAAAGUGACAUGUGAAAGUGUCGGCCUUGACAAGCUGGAAUCAGAGGAUGCUUGGUAUUUGUGCUUUAAAAAUGACGUUAAUGGUUGAUGAAUUUUCAAAAUACGUGCCAAUUAAUUAUCUUUUGAUUGGCUAAUCGAUUAAUGGACUAAUCACUGAUCAAUCUACAUAGCGGAACAUAAAAUGAGACAAAUGCAUGUGGAUGCCAAGCAGUGAUGUUGAACUUUGAGACACUAAUAGUCCCGUGGUUAUUACUCCUCUAGUAGCCACAGUCUGGAUGGUUUCUCUUAAAUGUCCGACUGCACCUUUAAUGUCCCUGCAUGCGCCUGGGGGUUUGGUUUGUCCAAUUAGGUGGAGCCCAGGAGGAACAGCAGGUGAGCGACAACAGACACAGACACGUUUUUCCCCAGUUCCUGGACGUGGAGAAAACCGUGCGAAGUUUCAUUUACAGUUUCUAAACGGUUGUAGAAAGUCAGUCAAAGGCAGCUGAUAAAGUCUCAUGGUGUUGGAGAAAGAUUUCCCGAUGAUUGAAGUGUCGAUACCAUCGAUAGAGAAGAAAGUGGAUGAGUCGGGAAAGUCGAAGAAGCUCAGGAAGAUCAUUCGGACUCCGGAUUUCCCAAGUAAAAGGAAUCCCCAUCUGAGGACCAAACCUGUGGAGCAGAGGAGGCAGGAGUUGGAAGAUUACAUCCAGGAGAUCAUCUGUCAAAAUGAAGAUGUGCCACAGGUGCUGCUGGACUUCCUCCACGUUAAACACUUUCACACGGGGAACAAGAUGAGCAGUAUGGAGUCACUUGAACUGGACAGUCAAGAUUACAGUUACCAGUUAUCACAUAAGAAGGUGGUUGGAUAUUUUCAGGAUCCAUAUCUCUGCGACUGUACAUCAGGUCUUCCAGAUGUUGUUGUGGACGGAGUUCUUCAAGGUUUUUACCCGCGGGACAUCCGGGUCAGCUUCACUGUCUCCACUCUUACCGAGACUGACCCCACCACUUCUAUAGACGCCUAAAAUGACUGUUUAUACGAUUUACUGUAAGAGGAUGGAACUAGCAUUACACAAAAGACUUGGUUUUUGUUUGACAUCAGUGGGAUUUAACCACAUCACCCAGCCUUUGUCAUGUAAUGCUCCCCCCACUGUGCUGACAGCAAUGUGAAGAUCUCUGAUUGUUUUUUAGCCAUGGAGGUGUCAUAAUUUUUUAUUUUUUAUUUAGUUGUGACAUUAAGUUUUUAGCCAUAAGCAAAUAUGAACUGAGUGAAAUGCAUGCUUUUGUUCAUUGUAAUGAUAAUUUUUUAGUAAAGAUGUAGUGAUGGAGUUCUAAACCAUGUGUAAAAUUUAAGAGACAGACACUGAUUACUUAUUCUUUGUUUACCAGUUUAGUUUGUCAAAUUAACAGGCUGUCAAACAGAGCUGUUUGGGUGUGGGACAAACAAAAUUAUGAGUCCUAUUAAUUGAGGUUGUAUGCUUUUUUUACCUCAUCACUUUUUUGUGAUGAAAUUAUGCAGAUGCACUAGGACUGAUACAAAUCGAAGAUUAACACAGCCUUAAAUGUCUUCAGCCAAAUACUGAUGCUGAGGCUAUGAUACUUUAUAUUUUGAAGCCUUCUUUUAGUGUAACUAAAUUAGAAUUAGCAUAUACUGUGUGUAGUUUUUUUUUACUUUAUUGAAAUUGUAAUAAAAAAUCAAACAGGACUCAUCCUGGAUGAAUUCUCCAUAAACCUAAACUGCAGAAAAAGAAAAUUAUGUUCUUCUGUUUGAUAAGCUGAUGGUCAGACAAGACAGUGUUUGGACACUUAAC